AUGAUGAACAAUACCCGCAAGCUCACGGCCGCUGCCAUGCUCUCUGGGGCUCUCCUGUUCCUGGCCCUGUCGGCCCACACCCCGGCGCCAGCUGGCGCGAGGGACAUCGUUGCCGCCAUCCCUGGCAGGAAGCUGCUGCAGGAUGACCCGUCCAGCGGCCCUGUGAAAAUGGGCACCAGGGUUAACCUUUUUGAGGGAAUGGCUAACUUGGUCACUGAUGCCCUCACCGAGCUGGGUUCCGGCUGCAUCUACGGCAACUGGUGUGGCAGUGGCUGCACCGGCAUCGGCGGCGACCCCAUCGAUGAUUUGGACGCCGCCUGCAUGGCCCACGACGAGUGCCUGGCCUCCUCCGACCCAUUCAUCACUCAGUAUGCCAGCGCCUACACUUGCGACUUGCCGCCCAGCAGCAACGUCAACUGCAACUGCGAUGCCGCCCUUCGGGACACAGCCAAACAGAUUUUCAGCGACGAGUCGGCCUGCUCCUGGUACGACAUCUUCUGCGGCGAGUCUGUCCGUGUGCUGGGCGCCCAGAGCAUUGGCAGCGCAAUGGAGUACAAGACUGACUGUGGCCAGUGCUCCUCCGACGGUUAUCCUCCCGACUUUGUGCCGUACUCCGAGGAGGACACCGCCACCGGCGACACCCCAACCGACGACGGCGACUCCACCCCCGCCUGCGGUGCCGCCACCCAAAGCGACACAGACUUCCAGGGUGGCGACCUGGCCUCCGACAGCUACGUGGGCACCGAAACCGUGGACCAAUGCUGCCAGGCGUGCUUCGCGGAGGACGCCUGCUACGCGUUCACCUGGUCUCCUGGCAAUGAUGCCUGUGGGGGCAGCGCUUGUUGCUUCCUCAAGGGCAGCCAGGACGAGACCGGCUGGGAGGCAGUGCCCUCGGCAGGCGCCAUCUCUGGCUCCUGGGAUUGA